CUCUCAGAGAUGGCGUGUGUCGGUGCUGCUCAGGCGUCCAAGGCCUAACGUGUACACAGAGAAGACCCCCAUCCCCCGAUUUCCUGCAUAUUCCUCGGGUGUCUCUUCUCACUGUGUCCUCCACCGCUGCGGCUAUCUCCCAGCUCUCCCCCCGGCCCAUUUCGCUGUGUGGGUGUCUGGGAGUUGAGUCCUUGGGGGUGGAGGGAAUCAACAUCGUGCUUCGCUGGGGAGCUGUGCAGAAUUAGCUAUGCCCUGCCCAGGCAUCCUUUGACCUGCUGGAUUUCUCCAUUUCUGUCCAUCUGCGCACCAGGGGACAACAUAGGAUGAGAAUCUGCAGUCAUGAUGCAAGGACUGAAAAAUCGAACAAGGAAAGUCCUGGGCUUACGAAAGAAAGACAAGGAUGCAGAAACAACGACUUCACCUGACAAAGAAGGAGGUGGAAGCGGAAAGAAAGGAAGCAAAAAGGCCAAUGGAGCACCGAAUGGUUUCUAUGGGGAGAUUGACUGGGACAGAUAUGCAUCUCCUGACGUGGAUGAAGAGGGCUUCAGCCUCCGGCCCGGUGACGAGGUGGAUGCAACUUCCAAAGGAAAGCAGUUUUUAUCCUCCAGUGACUCCGAGGACGAUGAGGAGAGCAAGAAAAAGUUCAAAAUUAAGAUCAAGCCACUGGUGUCGGACAGCGCCAAGUGUGUCCCUCCAUCUAUGGACGAGCUAAAAGCCUCAGUGGGAGGCCUGGCGCUUUCUCCAUCUUUGAGGAGAAGUCCGAGACGCAGCCCGGGACAGAUGAAAAGGAAUUUGUCCUGUGAAGAGAUCGCGAGACCCAGACGCUCCACCCCCACACCGAGUCCUGCCCCUGAGACACCAAGUGACAGGCUAUCACAGAAUGUUCCUACCUUUUUUGGGCUGCCUUCAGAGACCAAAUAUGCCAGAUAUGAUGUGGUCCGUACUGACAUGUGGGGAGAGUCAAGGCCACGCUCAGAAUCACAUCUAGGCAGAAAUUUCCCAACAGGAGCUCCUCCUCCGCUUCCUCCAAAAAAUAUUCCAUCAAGAAGUCAUUACGGCUAUCCUUUGGACUCUGCGGUUGAUCUACCCAAUGGAAGGGCAGCUCGCAGCUCGGCCCCCAUCUACCUGAAUGUCCUGUCCCCCGCCUCUUACCGAGGCUCCCCCGCCCCUGACCUGGACGACGUGUUCGGACCCAUGGACAGCCCCCGUACCAGUGAAGACACCGUGUCUCCCAGAUGGGUUACUUUCAUUGAGGACAGACCCCCUCCACCUGAUGAACCUGCUCCCCCUCCUCCACCGGACUCUCCUCCCCCAGACACGCCCUCAUCCACCCCCUCCACCCCCUGCCUCUCUCCAGGACCGCCGCCAAACGAGCCCCCACCUUCUCCUCCACCAUUUUCUCCCAGCUCUCCUCCUCCUUUCUCGCCGCCAGACUCACCCCCUUCCAUCGUGCUUGGACAUCCUCCUCCGGAUGAACCAGCACCUCCCCUGCCUCCUGAUUUCUCCCCGUGUAAUACGCCUCCUCUAUGCCUUGACGAUGAUGCAGUGGAUGAGGAGGUGCUUCGGUUUGCAGAAUACUCUUCGUCUCCUGCACCCAUUAGCCCCGUGCCCCCUCUGCCAGCAGAGCGGAGGUCUCCUCGAGCAGGAGUCAUAUCUCCCCUGGUCCUGGGGGGCAUUGGGGGAAAGAGGACUCCAGAGGGAGCAUACCUGAGAGAUGAUAUCCCAGAUUUUGUGGGUUCACCUAGAGAGCUGACGCCUAGCUUCAGGGGCACGCCGCCUCCUCUCCCUCCCACCACCUACAGGUCUAUUAUGUCAUCCCCAGGGCCCUACUCUGGCAGCAGCCCCUCAUCUCCAGCUCGUCCUGCCACGCCUCAGUCUCGAGGCAGUCCAAUCCCUCCACCCCCUCCUCCUCGACCAUCCUCCCGACCGAAGCUGCCCCCGGGGAAACCAAUCACAGACCUGUCUCGACCCUUCAGUCCGCCGGUUUCAGGCAGCCCCCCACCUUUUGCCCCACUGGCCCGUGCAGAGAGCUCUUCUUCCAUCUCCUCCAUUACCUUGCAGAGUGCAGCAUCUACUCCAACCUUAGGAAAGGACCUUAACAUGUCUACUGCAGGAUGCUCCAGAGGACCCAGUCCACUAACCAUGGGACCCCAGGACACUUUGCCAGUGGCAGCUGCCUUCACAGAAACCAUCAAUGCCUACUUCAAAGGCGCAGACCCCAGCAAAUGUGUUGUGAAGAUCACAGGGGAGAUGGUGCUGUCCUUCCCUGCAGGGAUAACCAGGCAUUUUUCCAGCCACCCAACUCAACCCGUCCUUACCUUUAGCAUCAGCAACUAUAACCGACUGGAGCAGGUCCUCCCCAAUCCACAGCUGCUGUGCUGUGAUCCCACAACAGCCAAUGUAGACACAAAGGAGUUCUCUGUGAAUAUGCCAAAUUUGAUGAGCCAUCUGAAAAAAGUGGCUGAACAGAAGCCUCAGGCAACAUACUACAAUGUGGACAUGAUCAAAUAUCAGGUGUCAGCUGCCGGGAUCCAGUCCACUCCUCUGAACCUGGCAGUGAGCUGGCGAGGUGAUGCCACCAACACAGACCUUAGAAUAGACUACAAAUACAACACAGAGGCCAUGGCUGUUCCUGUGCCACUACACGACAUCCACUUCCUGGUGCCUGUAGAUGGAGGCACGGCCAAACUCCAGGCUAUGAUCCCGCCUGCCACCUGGAAUCCAGAGCAGCAGACAAUACAGUGGAAAAUCCCCAGCCUCUCUCAUAGAUCUGAAAAUGGAGGAGUAGGGGCUCUUCUGGGCCGGUUCCAGAUGAUAGAAGGUCCCUGUAGACCCUCGCAGCUGGCAGUCCAGUUCACCAGUGAGGGGAGCACCCUGUCAGGCUGCGACAUCCAGCUGGUUGGGACUGGCUACCGGCUAUCGCUGAUCAAGAAGAGAUUUGCUGCAGGGAAAUAUUUGGCGGAUAAUUAGUGGACCUGUUUAUGAACGGAAACCAAACGAAUCAAUGGCUUUUUGACUGUGAAGACUAUGGACCCAUCAAAAGUUCAGUGCAUUUGAAACUUUAUCUUUAGCAACCAUUAGAAAUAAUGGUCGACAUUUGACAGAAUAACGGACCAUAACACACACACAUACACACAGAAGAUAUUUGACUUCACCACAUCAUAUUGAGUAGACUGACUGCUGCUAAGUUUAUGCAAGUAAAUACAAAUCAUUAGUUUUGUGCACUUGAAACACGUAUGGGCUUAUAUGGAGUAAAACAUAGGAAAACCCUGAUUCUUUGUUCCUGUUAAUAUAGUUGGGGAUUGAUACAGUGAUCCAGCCUUAUUCAUUGCCAUUUCUUUUGCCUAACUGGUUGUAAUUGUAAAUGCACUGUUAAAGAUAAUGUGAAUAAGUUAUAUAACAUUAAAACAAUCUUAAACAAGGUGGGUAAGAAUGGAAAAUGCAAAAACGUGUAGCAUAGGGUUGCUUUGCGGUUAAUUUCCAGUAAGCUAUAGGUUAUGUGGUAAUUUCUGAUUUACACUGCCACCUCAAAUCAGAUGUUUUUUCCCCACCAUGUGUGACUUAUCUUUAUCGCUGUUUUAGCAGAAUUUAUGUUUCUGUGUAGACAACAUUUGAAACAUCACAGCCCAUUUUAUCAGCCUUGUGAUUAAAGUUGAUUGGUCAGCUUACAGUUCAAAGCGACCCACAGCCCUGGAAUAACAUCAGCACUCUUAAUCUGAAGGUGCUUUUUAUAUGGAAUUGUAUUUGUGCCUCAGUCCCUUGACAUGAUGGGGAGUAAAAAUUUUUGGUUGCAAGCACAAAAAUUAUUUUUAGUAGGUGAGUUAUCAUCAUGCAAAUAAUGCUCUAAUUUGAGCUGAAAGAAAUCUAUUUUAAUCUCACUAAAUGUGUUGGUUUGCAAUUGUCUUUCAUUUACUCGUUUUCCUUAUCUCAAAUUUAAAUACAAGUUUUUAAUUUAAGUGUAAAGUGGAAUAUGUCAAUGAAUAAUCAAUGUUUUUAUAUUAACAGUGGAUCACAUCAUCCAUUUUGCUGAUAUAAAUCCAGAGUUUUCUCUUAGGAGUUGGUAGAGUCUUAUGUUGUAUUCACAACUGGUUUCUGAGGUGUCCAAGAGGCCAAACAAAUUGCAGACAUAAGUUCAGUUUCUUUAAAGCUAAAAUUGGUCUCCCUGCAUCUUAACAUUAGAACAAUAGCUGUUUGUUUUUGACCUGUUUCCCAGCAUUAAGUUUCAGCUUUGGCUCUUUUAAGGGAAAAAGGUUUUGGCACCCCUGCUUUAAAGGGACCACAUAAUGCCUUGGCUUAUCUGACAGUUAUCAAGUGAGCCACCAAGCUUAGUUUGCUACUGCAUUACUGGCAAACGCUCUACCAAGAUGGCUACUGCAAAGUAAUCAGGUACAGAUUCACUUUCAAACAGAAUUUCAUAUUUCAUGUUUUCAUGUUUCAGGUUUCAUGAUAAUUGUAUAAUGUAUUUAUACUGUACAGAUCACCUUGUACCCACUUGCCAUUGUAGUACCUCAUACCAGUUACCAGAGAGGGUUAUUGUGUUCAUAUGGAUAAUGAUAUGUAAUUAUAAUAAAUAAUUAGAUUGUUUUUUAAGUGCUAAUAAUUUCUCUACAAAAUCUAAUUUAUGUGCUUGCAAAAAACCCAAAACAAAACAAAAAAAAAAUAAAAAAAUAAAAUGUUCUGUGCUCCAAAUGUCCCAUCCUGCAAUCAGGACUGAAGCACAUAUAUGUAAUGCUAUAUUUUGUACACAUGCAGCCUUUACUUUGAUGGCACGUUAACAUUGACGGGUCACGUGUACAGAGAGUUGAAACUGUCAGAAAAUCAGUUACAGCAGAAAAAAAGUUGUUUGUGGUGGUGUGUGCAUGGUCAACUUUUGUGACGACGAGGUGAAGGUGAUACUUGUAUGACUAACAAAAGCUGCCACUUCAGUUAGUCUGUUCUGUUACAGAAGUUAUGUUUGAAAAGGCCUUAAGAUGUAAGACGCAUACAGAGGCGGAUGUGAGUGCCAUACAGUGGGGAAAAGGAACUUAAUGUUUCAGGAGACAUGUAGAGGGGACCUGGGUGCAGGAGAUGCAUUUAACGCUGCUUAAAAACUUGGCCAAUUCCUUUGACCACGCUCUUUGAUAGAGGUCUUCGGACAUCACAGAGUAAUGAAGAGAAAUGUUUAUCAGGAAGACAGCACUAAUCCCUGUGUCCUGUUUUAUUUUCUUCAUUUUCCACCAUGUUGAAUAAAUGUUUUAGCAUUUUCUAAUAGCAAUAUUUAAAAAAAACUUAAGUGUAAAAAGUGUACAUAAAAAGCUAUGUUUUAAAUAUUUCUCUGGGCAUAUGGACGUGUGUGUCUGUGAUUGUCUCUCGGGUUAUUGAUGUCAGCACUCAUAAUGCAUUAGGUUCUGUGUAAGGACACCACCACUCUUCGUCUAUUGUUUUACAUGUGGGUUUCUUGUGAAAAAAAAAAAGUUUACUGUUGAUGAAUAACUCCAAACGGUGCCGCAUGAAAUCUGCAUUUGUCCAUCACCAGUCUAAUCAAUGCAAUACCACUUUAUCCAUUUUAAUAAGGUCAUGAUCGUGUGUUGUUGUAUAAUUGUACUAUGACAGGAAACUUUCUGCCUUCACUUACACCUCCAAUCUCUGUUUUGCUGUCGUUGCACCUUCAGAACCCCAUUGUCUAUUAAUGCGGCAUGUAUUCGUAUUUCAUGCAUCUGAUAGGUGUUUGACAUUCUCCUGUGUUUGACUUGCACACAAAACAUUAACUUAACUUACAUUAAUAAAAAUAUCCAUGGCUUCAUGUCACAUUUUAUAGGUUGUUUUAUUGUGUUGACUCACAGAUUGAGCUUGGGUGUAAUAUAAAUUUGAGUUUUUAGAAAAAGAAAAAAGAAAGUGUUUUUUUUUUCAGUUAGUUAAGAACAACAGUUCAGAGUUUCUGCUGAUAAUGCUUGUGUUUUUCUUUGCCUUAUUUUUGAUCCCCCAGUAUUGGGUGAGUUUCUCCAAGUUCUUUUUUUGUUUUUUUUUUAUAACUUUUUGGCUGUACUCCUUACACUCCAUUAGACACAGAAUAUGCAAAUAUUUCAUGUAAAUUUCCCAUCCAAAGAUUUUCAAAGUAAAUAUAUGAACAAAUAAAUAUAAUGUAACAUCUGUUUUACAUGGUAAUAAAGAAGAGGAACUAUGAAA